CCGCCAUCUAGUAGGCCUCUUGAGAUUGCGCGGCCUCCAAGUGGAGGCGCUAAUGCGUUUUUACCAUCAGGAACUACUAGGCAGGGUGGUGAUGCUGCAGGCAACGAAGUUGUUCGCUCUUGGGAUGGUGCUGCGAUUAACGCACCAGGUAGUGACUCUGGCAUCUACCAUGCUCCUACAUCAACCUCCACAUUGAACAACCUUUUUAAUCCGACAGCCACCAGGUCUCACAGCACCACAGGUCGAGCAAGUCCUAGCUCACGACGGUGGCGGGGCCGUCGGCAGCCAGGGAACUGGACCGCGUCGAGUGACGAGGAAACGAGACAUGGACCGCAAUUCAUCGUCCCGUCUCCGGGGAGAAGAAGACUAUUCGACGAUGUCCGCAGCACUACAAUUGCUAGCCGUGAGCGACAAGAGCAAGACGAGUUUAACGUUGAGCAAUUUCAAACUGGAGCUACUACCGCUGGUGGAGGUAGUGGCAAUAGUACCCGUGUGUCUCAACCAGCACGUUCCCCAUUUGGAUCUCCUGAAGGUGCUACAGUUCAUGAUCAUGUCGAAGUUGGACAAGAGGAUGGCUAUGGCUUUAUUGACGAGGAUCAUGAUGCUUCAUUGUCUGACGAAGACGACGAGGACGACCCUCCGACUCGUCCACAGGCUUCCACAAGAGAAAAUGAGUGGCGUGGGAUGCGGGAGAAUGAUGGAGGGGUGUCACGAGAAGAGCAACGCUCUCGUGGAGCUGCAGGUGGUGGUGGUGGUACAACUAGUGCACCUGAUGCCUUUCAGGAGUCGAGUGAUUCGCGUGGAGCAGGAGAAAUACAAGACCCUUACGUUCAGUCAGUACGAACUCACCCGGUACGAUCCAACCUGUUUGCGGUGCUACUUGCUGGGCAUCCUCCGAAUGCAGAUAGCUACAUUGCACUUUGCGAACGACCCCCGUUGCGCUUGUAGUUGCAGUGACGGUACGAAAAUUUUUUUCGCGACGACCGCGAGGAUUUUCACAGACAGAGAAAUCAUGCACUAAAGGUAAACUCAUAUUUGAUCGUACACAUAGCAAGGAAGAAAGAUAGAAAUACAAAAACAUAAUUGCAUCUAGUAUUAUUUGACUAAUGUCGAUGUCCAGCAAACCAGAUGAACAUGUUAAGUGAGAAUGAGAAAUGUACACAUGCACAGGUGAUAGUAAAGAUAUGGAUAUUGUUCAUGCAGCUAAAAUUGAAGUCGAAUUCGUAAUAUAAUAAAGAUUUUUUGAAAUUAAUUGUCUCUUGCGAGACAUCCAACAUGUUGCUGCUGUUUAUCAUCAUCCUUAAUGUUAAUGCUGAUGCCGUCGAAAGAUGCAUGUGUAUGAUUUUUUAGUUCUCAGUUCUUAAAUGUAAUCACCCUCGGGGCGUAUUAAGUUUUCGUCGCGGUCUCGUCAACAAUCUUUUUCUAAUGAAUAUGCAUAGAUAUCAUGGUUCGUAGAUAGACGUAAGUCCAUAAAAGAGGUGUUGACAUCGCAAGUAUAUUCAAAAAUCGAUCGCGAGGAGUUUCUGGGUUGACAAUGUACGGAUUCCAUUUAAAUGCAAGGCCCAUUGAUCUUGAAAUUGUAUAGUUUUUGUUGGUUGUGCUUGUACUUGUAGUUGCACUUGUAUCUUCUGGUUCUUGUGUUUCUUUUAGUUUACAAGUUCUAUCGUCUAUCUUAAUCUUUGAUUGGUGAAGAACGGCCUGCAUCAAAAUUAUACUUUUGGCAAAUCAAAAAACAAUAUGUUGUCGACAUGUUUUGACACUUUUGCAACAUUCAUUGGCACCUCCUCCGCUGCAGAUGUAUACUCAAAGGAACUCCAGCACCGUCGAAGAAGGUAAAAGU